GAGAGAGAGAGCGAGAGAGAGAGAGAGAGAGAGAGAAAGAGAGAGAUGGGUAAGAUUUUUUCUUAACUGUCACUAAAACAUUGACACAAGUUGCAGCUGACCACAGCAAAGACCAGGGUCAUGGAGCCACAGCAGAUCAGAGAGGGAUACUUGGUAAAGAAGGGUACAUUGCUAAACUCCUGGAAGGCAGUGUGGGUAGUGCUGUCAGAAGAUGGGCUGGAAUUCUAUAAAAAGAAAACCGACCACUCUCCAAAAGGAAUGAUCCCACUAAAGGGCGCCACGCUCAUGAGUCCUUGUCAGGAUUUUGGCAAGAGGACGAUGGUUUUCAAGAUUACCACAGACAAGAAGCAAGAUCACUUCUUCCAAGCCUCACACAUGGAGGAGAGAGAGUGUUGGGUCAAGGACAUCAAGAGAGCCAUUACCUGCCUCGAGGGGGGGAAAAAAUUUGCCAGGAAGUCCACAAGACGCUCUAUUCGCCUGCCUGACACUGUCAACCUGACAGAACUGUACACACUAAUGAAAGACCAAGAUGAUGGAGUGAAAGAGUUAAAACUGGAGCAGGAUAAUCGAGUCUUCAACCACUGCUUCACCGGUGGGACAGUGGUAGACUGGCUGAUUUCAAAGCAGAAAGCGAGAAAUAGGCCUGAAGCUCUAAUGUUAGCAACAGGGCUCCUGAAUGAGGGUUUUCUCCAGCCUGCGAGUGACUUGUCCAAAGAAGGAGCAGAAAGUGGAGAGCAAACAGCCUUCUUAGAUCAGACAAUUGCUCUUUAUUACUUUGCAGACAGUGGGUUCUUCUGUGAAGGCUACUCCAGUGAUGAAGAUACGCUUCUGAAGGAAGAAUUCAGAGGAAACAUCAUAAAACAGGGCUGUUUACUUAAACAGGGACAUAAGAGAAAAAACUGGAAAGUGCGAAAGUUCAUGCUGAGAGAUGACCCUGCUUAUAUGCAUUAUUAUGAUCCUACAAAGGGUGAUGACCCGCUGGGCUCGAUCCAUCUCCGUGGGUCUGUGAUUACAGCUGUGGAGUAUGUGCCUGAUGCCAAAAAAUAUGACAUUGACGGCAACCUCUUUGAGAUCAUCACUUCAGAUGAAACUCACUACUUCCUCCAAGCUGCUACUGCAGAAGAACGAAAGGAGUGGAUCAAAGCAAUACAGGCAGUGUCCAAAAGUGGAAAAUAACAGGAGCAUUGGGACAGCCAUAUGUUGAUCUUAAUAUCUUUUUUGCAAUUUAAUUAAUUACAUGUAAGAGUGUGUCAGCAAAGUAUAGCUGAAUUGUUUUGUAGUGUCAUUCUAGAGUAACUGGCAAGUUGAACUCCUUCAUACACUUUCAAACUAAUUUUUUGAUGUUUUUUGUGCAGAUUGUAACUAGAGAAACUCUUAAAAAAUACAUGCUUUUUGGUCUAAACGUCAAACCCAAAUAAAAAGAGAUGUAGCUCCCAUAUGCUUUGGACCUCUGGAAUGUCUGAUAUCAUUGGAAAGCUAACACUCAAAAUUGUCUGUAACAAGUGUCAGUGUGAUUUUAGGCCUUACUGACACAGAGUUACAGAGGUUAGAAUGGAGGUUAUCUAUUUCCGUCCAAGUCAAGCAUCUGUAAAAUUAUUUUCAUACACUGCUGUAAACCCAUCUGAUUACAGACAACAUAAUACCAUAGUUGCAUGUCCCAGCUUACUACCAAAAAAAACCCAAGAAGCCAAAAGACUCAAAAUUGGAUGUUAUAUGAGUUUAUUUUUACAGAUAUUUCUGUGCGUUUUUCUUAUUUCCUUUUGAAAAGUGCAAAGAAAAAAGCCAAAAAAGUGACAAAUACAAAACUUCGUAAAUAUAAAAACACACCCACAUCAAUCACACACUGUACUUGAAAUAACUAUAUGCAUUCAUACAUAGAAAUGAGUAAUUAUAAAUUGUUCAGGAUGUGAAAUGCAAAGAAUAAGGCCCUAUUUUUGCUUUAACACAGCUAUAGCCAUCACAGGGUCAACAUUUCAUUGUCUAGUAUGGUGUCUAUGGAUUUGUCUUCUUAUGGCUAAACAGGUAGGAGGGUCUUGUAACAUCUGGUUUGAACUGGUCCUCGUAAAUGUUGAUCUCCCGCAUGUGGGUCAAACAUCGCGUCAGCGAUUGGAUUGACAGUGUGAUGAUGACGCUUUAAAUUUAAAAGGCAAUAGGACAGGAAAGAGUGAUUACAAGGAAAUAGUGUGUGUUUACAUGGUUUAGGCUUACUAUUCUGCCCAAUGUGUUUUUUUCAGAUCCCUUUUUUGUUCACUUCUCAAAAGUUUGAGAUUGUUUGAGCUAUUUUAUAAGCACACUAAGUUCCUGUGUGUGAACUAAGUCUGAAUCAUGUUCCGCCUUCACACUUCAACAUCGCUUUGUGGUUUACAGGUCUGCUCCAUCUGCGAGAGAAUUCAUCAGUGGCAAACAUGACACGCUUAAGCUGCAGUAGGCUAUUACUAUGUUUA